UGUCUGGUAUUGUAUAAGCUUUGCUUCUAUCCCUGAAGAAUAGAAGUAGGAAUAUAUGAUAUUACAUGGAAAUACACUGGGGUGGUUUAGGGUGAAGAUUGCAAAGGGGACAGCUGGGGAGUGGGUAGGAAUCGCUCUUUGUUAGUCAUAUUGACGUAGAGAUUACUGGUGCUCUGAGUGUGGUUCCUAGACUACCACCUGCAGAAGAGCAUCUGGGACCUUAUUAAAAACGCAAAUUCUUGAGCUCUAUCUGAGACCUACUGAUUCAGAAAUCAUGGCUGUGGAACCCAAUGAUAAUGUGUUUUAACAAGCCCUCUAGGUGAUUCUGAUGUGAGCUAACGUAUAAGAAUCACUGCCCUAGAUUAACCUGAUAGAUUAAAAAUGGACACAAAAUCUUUGGCACGGCUCCCAUUGUGAAAUGGACUGUCCCUUACUCUUCGCUGGGAGUGGAAUUUGUGACAGUGCCAAGCAACAGAACACAGGAGAAAUGACACUGCCUAUUUCCAGAAGUGGGCCUUUAGAGACUAGAAAUCUCUAUUUCCUGUCCCUUGGAACACUCUCUCAUGGAGCCUGAAGUAUCAUGGAAGAAGUUCAGCUUCCCUGCUGGGGAGAACACCUGGAGAUGUCUGCAAUGGACAGCUGGAGAUGAUGUGGAGAUGAACCCAGAUAAGCCCAGCCUUCCAGCCAAAGCCCCAGGAAUGUGAUGAAGCUGCUUGGGCUCACCAGACCACCCAGCUGCCACGUGGAUACCACCAAGUGAUCCCAGUCCACCUCACCUGGUGCAGAGAAAUGGCCUACUCAAUGCUGCCUGAAUUCCUGAUCCAUACAAUUGAGAGAUAUAACUAAAUGAUUGUGUUAAGCCACUAGAUUUGGCGGGGGGGCAACCUGUUAUGCAACAAUUCAUGACUCACUACAAAUGAAAUUCUGGAUCAGUGCUGCUCAAUAGAAAUAGAAUGCAAGUCACAAAGUGGAUAAAUGGCAGGCAAAAAGCGAGAGAUCCAGUUACAGGCAGUCGUGAAUAGUCAAAGCCUGUGGGAUGAGAUGUUGCAGAACAAAGGCCUGACAGUGAUCGACGUUUACCAAGCCUGGUGUGGACCUUGCAAAGCAAUGCAAACAUUAUUCAGAAAAUUGAAAAAUGAGCUGAACGAAGAUGAACUUCUGCAUUUUGUUGUAGCAGAAGCUGACAACAUUGUGACUUUGCAGCCAUUUAGAGAUCAAUGUGAACCUAUUUUUCUCUUUAGUGUUAAUGGCAAAAUUAUUGCAAAGAUAAAUGGUGCAAAUGCACCACUUGUUAAUCAAAAAAUUAUUAACUUGGUCAAUGAGGAGAAGAAAAUUGCAGCAGGUGAAAUGGUUCGCCCUCAGUAUCAUGAAAUUGUGUUUGUAGAUCCAGAUGCAGAUGAUGGUGGGGAAGUACUCAAUGAAAGUGUUAAUCAACUCUACAGUAUUGCUAUUAUCAAACCCGAUGCUGUGAUUAAUAGAAAAUCUCUAGAGAUUAAACAAAAAAUCAUCAAGGCAGGCUUUGUGAUAGAAAUCGAAGAUAAGAGAGUGUUCACUGAGCAACAAGUAAGGGACUUCUAUCAUCGGAUAGCACACCAGCCUGACUUUGAAGAUUUUGUCCUUUUUAUGACCAGUGGCCUAAGCCAUAUUCUAGUUAUAUCUCAAGGAAAUGAAGAGCAGCCUGCCCUGGGGGAAACUGAAUCUGAUCCUGAGACAGAAGCUAAAGAAAUAUAUGAGGAUCACCUUGCUAUGGUCACGACUCCAAUGAUGAGGAAGAAGCGGGACAGCUUAGAAGAAUAUCUGGAAAGACAACAUAUAUCUCAGUUUUGUGAUGUUGAAGAAAAUAUAACUGAUGUUAACUGCUUUAUUGAUAUGUUCUUCCCUGAUUUUAAAAAUAUGAAAAACCUCAAAUUAGAAAAGAUCCUGGCAUUACUUCGACCAGCUCUCUUUCAAGAAAAGAAAGAGGAUGUUUUGAAGAUUAUUGAAGAUGAAGGCUUUAAAAUACUGAUGCAAAGGCAAAUUGUAUUAUCAGAAGAGGAAGCACAAACACUGUGCAAGGAAUAUGAAAAUGAAGAUUAUUUUGGAAACCUUAUAGAAAAAAUGACCAGUGGUCCAUCUCUAGCCCUUGUUUUAGUAAGAGACCAUGGCUUACAACACUGGAAAGAGUUAAUUGGACCAGGUAGUGUUGAAAAAGCCAAAGAAUAUCUUCCAGAGAGUUUAUGUGUACGAUUUGCAAUGGAAGAUUUGCCCAUCAACCAGUUGUAUGGAAGUGAUUCAUUAGAAGCAGCCGAGAGGGAAAUACAGUAUUUCUUUCCUCCUCAAAGCACUUUAGCACUGCUUAAACCUCAUGUAACACAGGAACAAAGAGAGGAGAUCUUGAAACUUAUUAGAGAGGCUGGAUUUGAAAUAACACAGAUGAAGGAAAUGCUCCUAAAUGAAGAAGAAGCAGGAAAAAUUUAUUCAAAAAUAAAAGGAAAAGACUUUUAUCAAGAUGUAUUGGAAAUGUUAUCUGAGGGUCCAUCUUUGGUCAUGGUUCUGACCAAGUGGAAUGCUGUUUCAGACUGGAGACAAUUGAUUGGUCCUGUAGAACCAGAUGAGGCAAAACUACUGUCCCCAGACUCUAUCCGAGCCAAGUUUGGAAGAAGUGUUUUGAAAAAUGCUGUCCACGGAUCAUCUAAUACCUAUGAAGCAAUGGAGAGCAUUACUAGAAUUUUUGAAGAAUUUGGUCCUGAGAAUCCCGAGGGAAACUAAAAACUUUGAGAAGAUAAUGUGUGUAAGUUCACACUGGCAUAUAACCAUGUGGCACAGCUUCCUGGGAGGAAUAAAAAGGAAGAUAUUCUUUGGAGGAAAACUCGGUGUUACCUCAAGUUAAAAACUCACCUCCAAGUGAAAAACAUGUGGUUAUGCAUAAUAACAAUAAAA